AUGUCCGCAACUCAGUUACUUCGUGCUAGCUGGACACGUCUACCAUUCGGAAGACGAACUGCCCAACAUCUGCUUGCCAAGCCAUCGUUGAAAUCACAAAACGAUCGCUCUUUCUCCACAUCCGGUGCUCUCGCCAUGUUGACCACAGAGCUAUCCGAGGCCGAGGUGUCGGCCUUGCGAGCGAACAAAGAGAGACUGGCCAAGGACCUCCACCACUCGUGUCAAUGGGGGCCUGGUAUUCGAUGGGGAGAUCACCCGACAGAAACGGGGAUGCAGCGUCUGGCACUAUCAGACGAAGACAGACAAGUGCGAGAUUGGUUUGUUCAAACCAUGAAAGAUCUGAAGUGUCAAAUCACAGUCGAUGAAAUGGGCAAUAUCUUUGCCGUGCGGCCUGGUCGACGGGCGGACGUUCCUGCUACAUUUAUUGGCAGCCAUCUCGAUACGCAGCCAACCGGAGGGCGAUAUGAUGGGAUCCUGGGCGUUUUGGCCGGCAUCGAAACCUUGAAGCGUAUGGAUGAAAUGGGACUCGAAACGGAAGGCGGCGUCGGUGUCGUGAACUGGACCAACGAAGAGGGUGCACGUUUCCCGUUGAGCAUGGUCUCAUCGGGCGUCUGGGCCGAAUGCAUUCCGCUGUCGAAGGCCCAUAACCUCGAGGAGGUGCCUACUGUGGCAUCGCUUCCGACGGCGUCGUCUUCGCCGGAGACGAUGAAGUCUGCCCUGGCAAACAUUGGCUAUCUGGGUGCUGUGCCAUGCUCCUACAAAAGCACCCCAAUGGCAGCCCACUUUGAGUUGCACAUCGAGCAGGGCCCUCACUUGGUCUCAGCCCGUCAGCGGGUCGGUGUCGUCACCGCGGUCCAGGCAUAUCGCUGGUUCAAGCUGGAGAUCGUCGGACGAGAUACUCAUACCGGAACAACGGCCUUUGAACACCGUGCUGAUGCAUUGUAUGCCUUUGCACAGAUGAUGGUUCGGGCUCGAGAGGUAGCCGCAGCGAAAGGUUGUCUUGCAAGCGUGGGUAUCAUCCAGGUCGCACCAGGAAGUGUCAACACAGUCCCGGGACGGGUGAGCUUCAGCUUGGAUAUUCGCGGACCAGAGACUGCUUUAGUGGCGGAAGUUGAGUCCGAGCUUCGCAGUGACUUUGAUAAGAUUGCCGCGGCAGAAGGCGCUGGAAUUGGAAAACCUUGUCGAGUGGAAUGGACACUCGACUUUGACUCUCCAGCGAUCAAGUUCCACCCGGACUGUAUCGAUUGCGUUCAAGAGUCCGCCCAUGCUGUGGUUGCAGAUGCGUCGGCGGCUGACGCCAAAGCGCUGGUUCGGCCCAUCAUGAGUGGCGCGGGCCAUGACAGCGUCUUCACUUCGAAACGUGUUCCAACGAGCAUGAUUUUCGUCCCAUGUAGAGACGGGCUGAGCCACCAUCCGGAGGAGUUCUGUUCGGAAGACGAUUGUGCUACGGGGGCAUCUGUGAUUCUGCAGGCAGUGGUACGCUAUGAUCGAAAGCGCUUCACCUAA